AUGGAUGACUUGUGGGAUGUCGGCGGGGAGAGAUGGGCGUCUCCAACUGUCCUGCGCUCUCCGCGGCGGUCGAAAUAUAGCUGCAUCCGCGCCCGUGUGUCACCGGCUGUCUCCGCGUCGAGUUCCCCCUCGAGGGUAACGUCGAUGGCAUUCCGGCGGACCCCUGAAGCCCGGCGUGAUCCGAAGGCGGAGCAGCCGUUGGAUGCAAGUUGCUUCCAGCUGAAGGAUGCGGUCACGUCCUUGUUGGAUUUCUGUGACAACACCCUGCCUGUCUGGGGCAAGCGUGUGUCGGGGCUUGAUGGCCAUGCACGUGACUUGUCUCUCGCGGACGUUGGCUUCUUGGAGCGGGCAUCCAGAAGACUGGCGAUUUAUCUUGAUCGAAUUCGGGAAACAAUGGAACUGCUGCAGCCGUACACACAGGGACCAGUGGCUGUAUCAAAGUGGGGGAGAUACGCACAGAGGCUAUUUGCCUCGCUGACAAGUGCGCAAAAAGCGGCGGAUGCCAUUGGGUUCCAUGUUGCACGAUUACUCUCCUUGUACGCCACUGCUCCCCCUGUCUCCCCCGCAUCGGCGCAAUGGGUCAUCCCUGCUCGACAUUCCAAAGUGAGGUCAGCAGGAGUUACGCCGCGCAGGGUCAGUGAUGACGGCAUUUCCCGUGGGGUUUCGUCCACGGUGAGGCCUUUAUUGCACGAUUCAUUUUCUGUGAGCCAAAGGAGCAACGCCACUCCGUCCGAGCCUCCAACCUUCCUCUCCCCAUCAAAUCCAUGCACUCCGCCCCGAGAGCAUAUGUCCCCGCAGUCAGUUGCCAUGAUAUUUGAUGGCAAAUCUGGUCAUUCGGCUUAUCAACGGAGCCAGUUAAAAAAAAAGCAACAGCAGCCGCAACGACAACAACAACAGACGUAUCAACAGGGGCACGAUCUCACUCCUUCUACUCUUCAACCCCUUUCACGGGGCCAGAUCCCAUCGGAACCCUCCUCAGAGGGUUUGAACAGUGUGUCAUCAUCGCACUCAAGAUUUUCACGCAGCAGUGAGCCCGUUUUUGAGGUUGGAAGGACUCAUAUGCGACUGCCAGAGCGGCGCAGGAACACGCAUUCCAAUGUAGGACAUGACGGGUCACCCACUCGAGAUUAUUUCCCCAAAGGCGGGCACAACCACGCUAAUUUUGGAGAUUGCAUUGAAGGAGGUUCUUUUGAUUGCUUCAAGAAACAUCAGAACUUUAAAGAGUCUCUCACGCCAGAGCAGCGUCGCCUUCUUUUAGAGCGAAUUGAUCUUAUUGAAAGGCUACCCGGUGCGCCGAGUAAGUUGGAAGCUGAAGAAGCAAAGGGCAUAUUUGCGAUGCUCUAUGGCCCGCGGCUUGGACGGCGACAAUAUUUGGAUUGGGUGGAGGAAAGGGAACUGCGGGCUUUGCGACGUCGUUGA